AAGACCUUCUGGUAACGCAAAACAAAGAAAGAAUGUGACUUGGUUUAACUGCUUUUUAUUUAACUCAAGCAUCAAAUGGAGGGUGAAGACAAUUCACUACAACAGGUGGGUUUGAAGCAGCCCAAUGAGGAUGCAAUAUUGCCUGAAGAAUUGCCUAAAAUGGCUUUGGAGACAGCAUUGAAAGAAUGCUUCACUGCCCUCAAUUUCUUCCUGAACAACAGGUUUGCCGAUGCACUGGCUCUUUUAAAACCCUGGAAGAGUGAAAGCAUGUACCAUGCGAUGGGCUACAGUAGCAUUCUGGUGAUGCAGGCCGCUGUGACUUUUGAUGCAAAGGACAUGGAUGCUGCCAUGACAUCACUGAGAGAAGCCUUGCAGGUCUGCCAGAGAUUUCGGAAGAAAACGGGACUAAUGGAAAGCUUGGCUAACCUUUGGUACAGACAACCAGCUGACAAUCUGACAGAAGAAGAGAUGCAUGCAGAGCUGUGCUAUGCUGAAGUCCUGCUGCAGAAAGCUGCCCUCACGUUCUUGGAUGAAAGCAUAAUAGGCUUCAUCAAAGGAGGGAUGAAAAUUCGACACAGUUAUCAGCUUUACAAGAAUUGCCAGGCCAUGGAAAAAGUCACAAAGGAUGAGGAAAAACAGAGAAGCACACACAUUCAUUUUAGGGGUGGGGUCAGCAUGGGAAUUGGAUCAUUCAAUCUGAUGCUGUCUCUGCUUCCAUCCAGAGUCCUUAGACUGAUGGAGUUUUUGGGCUUCUCUGGAGACAGGGAAGUGGGUUUGUCAGAGUUGAGAGAGGGAGCAACUACCAACAACCUGCGCUCCAUCCUCAGCACCCUCACUCUGCUGAUGUUUCAGCUCUACAUCACAGUGAUACUUGGGACUGCUGAUGUAAACCUAAGUGAAUGUGAGGCUCUGCUGAAACCCUACUGUGAAAAGUUUCCUAAUGGGGCUUUAAUGCAUUUCUUCAGUGCAAGGAUUGCUGUGCUCAAAGGAAACUUCACAUUUGCCCAAGAGAAGUUCUUGGCAUGUAUUGCAUCGCAGGAAGAGUGGCGUCAGAUUCACCACCUGUGCUACUGGGAGCUGAUGUGGGUCUACUCCUUUGAACAAAACUGGUUUGAGGCCUAUCGAUACGCCAACUUGCUCAGCAAGGAGAACAAGUGGUCCCAGGCAGUCUAUGUAUUUCAGAAAGCUGCCAUCUUGAGCAUGAUGCCAGAGGAAGAAGUGAACAAGUUCAAUGAAAAUGUGGUGGAAUUAUUCAGGCAGGUGGAGGGCCUCAGGCUGAGAUUUGCUGGGAAGUCGAUUCCAACGGAGAAGUUUGCAGCGAAGAAGGCCCAGAGAUACUCCUCUUCCACCCCCGUGAAACUUGUCGUUCCUGCUUUGGAAAUGAUGUAUGUGUGGAAUGGCUUCACAAUAGUAGGCAAAAAACCCGAGCUGACUGAAGGAAUCCUGUCAACUUUAGAGAAAGCAGAAGAGCAGCUCAGAAAUGAUCCAAACCCAUCAGAGUACCACACAGGCGAUGAGUGCAUUGUCCAGCUGCUGAAGGGUCUGUGCUUAAGAAGUCUGGGACGGCUGGUCCAGGCUGAGAUCUGCUUCAAUCAUGUCAUCUCCAGUGAUGGUGGCAUCAAGCAUGAUAGCUAUCUGGUGCCCUUUACCAUGUAUGAGCUUGGCCUAUUGCACAAGCAGAAAGGUGAAAUCAACAAGGCCAUUGCUGUAAUGGAAAAUGUCAUGACGAACUACAAGGACUACAACAUGGAGUCAAGGCUGCAUUUCCGCAUCCAUGCAGCACUCAACACCAUGGGCUCCUUUGCAGCCAAACUUCCACCAUCACGCACGGCAGCUUAAGAGAUCCUAUUACAUGAAACUUGACAGAAAAAGGGCUUUAAACCUGACAUUGUUUACUGUUUCAUUGUCUGUUGCCUUCAACUCUGAAGGUCCUUGGUCUUCUGCUCUUGGUGGUUUUUUCCAAAGCAUGCUGUGGUUUACUUUGCAAAUAAAUUAAGGGUUCACUCCCUGCCUGGUCGUAAUGCUAAA